UGGAAGCCUGGCCUGGCCCGGGUCCAUUUUCUUCCCCAUCCACCCCUCAGUCCCGAUUCGACUCUCUCUUCCUCGCGACAUGACAUGAUACGACACGAGUCUCAUGACCUCCCACGAGAAUCGAGCUGGACCGUAUCGUCCGGCUGGUCGUGCCGGUGGAGGCGAGGUUCACGGUGGUGGUGAUUGACGUUUUCUGGUGAUGAUCGUAAUAGUGGGUGGUGACGGUCAUGGAGUGUUCCGGGAUUCAUCCCUUACUCUUCCUUCUUUUCUUCUUCUUCGUCGGCCUCGAGACAUCGCAGUAUUCCUUCCCCACGAUGAACUCUCCCUAUCAGGGAUCCCAGCUCAACGAUUCCGACGUCAACUACUGGACGCUUCGGAUUUCCAACCAGCUUCAGGCCUUCUUCCAGAAAGUGACCAAAUACGAGAUCAUCGAAUCGAAUUUCAAUCGGGGAUUGAGCGUGGACGACUUCAAACACGUGGAGCCCUUCGAUGUCGUGAAGGAAAUGGCUACGGACAUCACGAAGAUGAUGAACAAGAAGAUUGACGGAGUGAAGAGGCUGAUGGACACGAUGGAGAACAAGGUGCGGGAUGCGAAGGAGAGCCACAUGCGACUCCCGACCGUCUUGAACUACCGAUAUCACAACGCGAAGAAGCUGGAGCUCUGCGGAAAUCAGGAGACGAUCUACGAUUACGCCGACGACACCGGUCCCAGGGAAUGUCUCGUCCUGAACAGGGUCGAACCCCGGUUCGGAGAACCCGUGAAUCGAUCCGUCUCUGUCGUCCACGUUCCCACCAACGUCUACGAAAGAGAUUACGAAGUGUUGGAAGCGAUCGGUUGGUCGGAUCAGCUGAACAACAUGUUCAAGUCCAACGCCGCACUGGAUCCAAGUCUGUCUUGGCAGUACUUCGCGUCCGCUUCCGGCGUUCUUCGAUAUUUCCCUGCGGCGGCUUGGAUGAGGCUCGAGAAUGCACCCGACGAAUUCGACAGCCGCCUGCGGCCGUGGUACAUCAGAGCGGCGACGUCGCCGAAGGAGAUGAUCAUCCUCAUAGACGAGAGCGGGUCGAUGACGGGUCAGAGGAGCGAGAUCGCGCGUCACGUCGUCCGCACCAUCCUCGAAACCCUCAACGAGGACGAUUUCUUCAACGUGUUCAAGUUCUCGGAGCACACCGUUCCCGUCCUCCCCUGCUUCAACGACUCCAUGGCCCAGGCAAAUAUGGAGAACAUCCGUCGCUUCAAGGACGAAUUGCCUCGGGUGAAGACGGAACACAUCGCUAACCUCACGGAAGCCCUCACCACGGCCUUCGAACUUCUUCGCAAGUUCAACGAGACGGGUGGGGGAGCUCGAUGUAACCAGGCCAUCAUGCUGAUCACGGACGGGGCGUCGGACAACUACCAGGAAAUUUUCCAUAAAUACAACUGGCCUUACACCCAAGUUCGCGUCUUUACCUAUCUCAUCGGGAAAGAGGUCACGGAUGACCGUGAGGUGAAAUGGAUGGCUUGUGCCAACCGAGGUUACUUCGUGCACGUGAGGACGUUGGCGGAGGUGAAAGACCAAGUCCUCAAGUACAUUCCGGUCCUUGCCCGCCCUUUGGUCCUUUACGGUGACUUUCAUCCCAUCGUUUGGACCAAUGUUUACGCCGACAUCAUCGAGACGAAGGUGUCCAAUUGGCUGUGGGAAAGUCGUCAGAGAGCCAAACAAAAAUUCCGGGCGGAGAAUUUCCGACGAUUCAAGCGGUUCGCCCAAAGUAACUACAAAGGCUACAGUAUCGUGACUGGGGGUAUGGAAGGAGAUUCCAAGCAGGAGGAAUCGCAUCAGGAUGUCGAAAAAGAGCCAGUAGCAUCGGAGCUUAGGAACAGAGUCAAGGAGUCAGGGAUCACGAUUCCUGCCUCGAAUAGAGAAGACGACUGGAAAAAGGUCUAUUAUGAAUAUCUUGCGACGGGUGACAUUUUUGGAUGGACCAGUCACAGGGCCAAAAGAAAGGCCCUGAAUAUUUCUGAGCCCCCGGAGAAACGAGAGAAGCAAUACAAAUUCCUCGUGACCGUCUCCACGCCUGUUUUCGACAAACGAGAACGCCAGAAACGAACAGCGAAUCUCUUGGGAGUCGCAGGAAUCGAUGUUCCCAUCGAGGAGAUCCAGGAAUUGACCCCGCGAUACAAAUUGGGCGUGAAUGGUUACGUCUUUAUGGUGACUAACAAUGGAUACGUACUCUUCCAUCAGGACCACCGCCCAGUCUACCAAGAGUUUAUCUUGAAGCCGGACUAUAGUGCGGUGGACCUGACAGCGGUGGAGCUCCCAGAGGAAGGUGGUGACUUUCCCCUACGCAACAAUUCAAAGCUUCUAAAAAUGCGACAAAACAUGGUGAAUCAGGUGAGCGGGUACGAAAAGCGUCUGAGCGUGAGAAUUCAUUUGGAUUCCAUGCGACGGGUGACCGUAAGAGAUCAGAGUUAUGCCUAUUACCCGAUCGAAAACACCACCUUCAGUCUGGGAGUCGCUUGGCCUGCCGAUUAUGGGGACCUCAAGUUUCGGGGACAGGUGGAAAUCAAGCUCCAGCAGUCGAGGGUGAACGUGACGAGUUACCUGACGGGGGAUUUCAACUGGACUGUACAUCCCGAGUGGGUGUACUGCAAGUACCGAAGUGUCACGGAUCCCCCGUUCGAGUCCCCAGAAAUUGAGGUCCUUCAUUUUAUUGCUCGAACACAAAAUGCAGGCUGGCGAUGGCUCUCCACCCGAGUCCUUCCUUCCAACAUGGACAUCGUUCAACCUGGAGACUACUUUUGUGACAAGGAAUUGCUUCAGUCCUUGGUGUUCGAUGCUCAAGCCACUGACGUCUUCAGGUCUGAUAGUCAUAACCAGGAUUCCCCCAGUGCAGGGGAGCUGAAUGCUGUGGUGAGGACAUUCGUGGCGACCCGGAGUGGAUUGACUCGAUGGCGAGACUAUCAUCCGGUUCACUUGAUCCCCAACACCCCUGGCGUGAACAUUCCUGGUGACUUUGUCACGGAAUUUGCGGAAAACGACGUACACUGGAGUAAGGUGAACGUGAGGUCGGUGGAAGAGGCCUGGUAUCGGAAGGCGGUCGACUACAAUAUGCAGGAGUCGGAAGAGAAAUCCGUCGUUUUCUCCGUGCCUUUCGACGCCAUGGACUACAAGAAUCCAUUGGUGACGGCGACUCGUACGGUGAUCCUUCAUAACCCAAGGGAUCCCCAUAAGAAGACCCCCGUUGCCGUGGUUGGCGUGCAGUUCAACCAUUCCUAUUUCAUCCGACAAUUCUUCAUGGAGUCCAACAAGUGUGCUGAGCAGUCAGGUCCCCAAGCUCUCAACUGUAGCCACCCCACGUGUAUGUCGGAAAGCUUGGAUUGCUACCUUUUGGACGACAAUGGGUACAUCCUUGGCUCUGAAAGCGAUAAACACGUGGGAAGAUUCUUUGGAGAAGUAGAUGGAGCCAUCUUGGACUCCCUCAUUCAAGAUGGGGUCUAUAGACGCGUCCGUAUCUUCGAUUUUCAAGGCGUCUGCUUCGAAGUCGUCGCCUCUUCAGGACCCGGAUCCAUCCUGCUGACUCCAUUGAAGUAUGCGUAUUCCGCCUUGCUCUGGCUAUGGGGACACCUUCUGUAUGUAUGGAGUCAUGCCAGCCUAGUUUCCAUCCUUCAGUCUCCUUCCCUCGUCCUCUCACAGUUCACUAACGACGAAAACCCAUUCGACGAUGGACAUAUGGAAUACGGAGAUAUGGAGCACCCCGAAGAUGAGGAGCACCCAGGAGGAGGAGAACACUUUGAUUCCAAGCAGGAGCCGUUGACGUUCAAAUGGAGCGAUGCCAUAUAG